AUACCCGUGUACAGUUACUUAGUUCCGACAUGGCUGACGAAAAGGAACCACAGCAAAACGUGGAAGAACCCUUAGAUCUCGUCCGACUUAGCAUUGAUGAACGAAUUUAUGUGAAAUUAAGAAAUGACAGGGAACUAAGGGGAAGACUUCAUGCAUACGAUCAACAUCUAAACAUGAUUCUCGGUGAAGUCGAGGAGACCGUGACAUCUGUGGAGAUCGAUGAAGAAACUUAUGAAGAGCUGUUUAAGACAUCAAAGAGAAACAUCCCAAUGUUGUUUGUGCGAGGUGAUGGUGUGAUCUUGGUAUCGCCACCUGUCAGGGUUGGCUUGUAAGGAAAAGGAUAUGGAAAGUGGAAUCGUAACUACCGACGUUGUGUGUUUGUAACAUUCCAUUCGUGUUAUAAAUACUGUGAUUGAAUUAUAAUUGAAUGUGUUGUUCUA